AUGAAGCUCCUCGUGCUCGCGUUUAUAAUCCCCCUGGCGCUGGGUCUGACAUUUCAAGAAGACGACCUGGUGUUUGACGACGUGAGCGAUGAUUCUCAGCCUAUAUCGUCAGUGUCACCUUUAAUUAACCAGCCAUCCGAGCCUCAUCAACCUCAGCCUCCUCAAUCACAAUCUCACCCCUCAACGGGCUCGAAAAUAAUCGAGAGCACCAGCCAGAGCCCCUUUCCAGAGGCUAAUGUAACCACCACCGUUGGGCAUGUUUUCAGAUUCAAAGUACCAAAGCACGCCUUCGGUGGGAGCGUAAAUCACUACGAGAUACGGAGCAGUAACAACAAGCCGUUGCCUCACUGGCUGUUUUACGAUGAGGCAACGACCACUCUGCUGGGUGUGCCCGCUAAAAAAGAUGUAGGCCAGCAUCAUUUAUCCAUAAAGGCUUAUUAUACGUACGGAGAUGUCGUUGAGAGUUUAUUUACCGUCAAGGUCCUUCCGGAAAAGACUGAUGAAGUUAAACAUAAGGAUGGAAAGACUCAUUGCCGAGACUCAGAAGAACAAACACUUAUGUCAAUUCUCCUAGACGUCAAGUUUGAUGACCUGAAACCUGUUAAGAAAGUCAAUGCCAUUGAAAAACUCGCCAGUAGUCUUGGAUUACACGUCAGCGCAUUUUCCAUGCACGGGCGCAGUUCCAAAGAAGAAAGUGCAUCAGAAGACUCCCGAGUAAUUCUCACCGGUCCAGGUAACGUGAAACGCCGGAAAGAAAAGCACUCUACGUCAAUCCAAUGGCAGGUCGGCUGCGAUGGACACCUGUGGAAGCACCAAGCCGAGCUGGUCAAGCAGAUAAAGAAGCAGGCUAAAGACAAGACCCUGGCGAAGGUCAUCCAGCUGCCGGUGUUCCUCUGGAGGGUCAAGACCUUCUCCAACGACCUGAUCCGCAGCCGCAGGGAAGCUGGAUCUGGAGACUACGGCAGGAACAGCAAUCGCAAUCACAACAAUAACCAUCGUGGUAACAGCAAUAAUAAUAAUGACAACGAUGAUGACUACGACGACGAUAACUACGACUAUGACGAGUCUUAUGAUGAGGAUCGCGAUGAUCGUGAUGAUCUAGAGAAUGAACCAAUUACUACUGUGCCUCCCAGGCCGAUUGAGUCUGCUGAAGAGUCUCAUCCUCAUAGGCAUCAUCAUGGACAAGAUACUUCUAUUAGUAUCAAGGCUGAGGAAGAAAUCGACGAGCACGACAUAAUACCAGUUAUCGACCGCAAAUACCCAGAAUCUAGUCCAUCAACUUCAACCCCCACUCCAACUUCCAGAUCGACAACCGAGCAAACAAGUACAACACAAAGUACCCCACAAGAAGAAACACCUAAAACACCAGCACCACCAACAGUCAGUACAGUAACAGUGAAAACAGAGCCCGAGGAAGAUGCCACCACGGAUAUUAACGACAUUAUCUCUGAAAACAACAACAACAACAACAACAACAACAAUAAUAAUAACAGUAAACAACCAACAUUGGAAGUAGAAACCGAAUUCGACACCGAAACAGACACCGAUUCCGAAACCACAGUAGUACCUUCGACAUUCCUCACCACAUUGCCUACCUCGAGCACCAUUUCAGCGAGCACCGAGGAGAUCAAAGCCACGACCACUGCGCCAUCUACAACAGCUGCUACUGUAUUCGCUGCUAACGAUACUAUUGAUGAGGACUUUGAAUUCACCGAAAACGCCUCUGAAUUCCCGACAGUACUUACAGAAAUCACUCCGCUCACAACCAUUCCGUCUGCCGGCCCAGACACGACUGAGCUCCAGACGUCCCCCACUCCCGCUUCUACUUCUCCCGCUACCAGUACCGAGUCCCCCACCAGGCCUAUGACUGCGCAGCCUAGCAGUACGGCUAGCCCCACUCCCGCUACUUCUCCUACCACUUCUACCUCUUCUUCUACCACUACCACUACUACUACUACCACUACCACUACAACUACUACUCCCAUCCCCACCACCACUACUACAGUCCCCCCUCCUACAACCGUAGCAACCACAACCGAGGAAGUUUCGACGACCGAAAAAAUUGUGUAUCGAGUUCGAAACUACCCACCCAGACAAGACAGAAGGCUGGAGAAGAUCCGUGUAACUGCGGGCAAGCCUUUGAGCUAUUUCAUUCCCGCAAAUACAUUCAGCGAUAUUGAAGAUGGAGAUACCAGGAACUUGAGAUUGAGUUUGUUCUUAAAGGGCAGUUCUCUGAAGAAUACACACUGGUUGCAAUUCAAUCAACAGACACAAGAGGUUUACGGACUGCCUUUGAACGAGCAUGUUUCCGUCUGGAACUACGACCUUUUCGCUGCAGACCGGGAAGGGCUCAAUGUAUCAGACCGGCUUGAUAUAUAUGUCCAGCAACACAAGCUGACACACUCAGCGAAUCAUGAUUUCAGUAUCUAUCUGAGGAUUGAUAAGCGAUCCCGCUUUCCUACAUCAGUAGACUGGGAAUUGAAGAUCAUCCAAGCUCUGGCGCAGUUGUACGGUGACAAGGACCCAAGCAGCAUCACAGUAAGAACAAUCCAGAUCAGCGAGGACCAGGCAGUUUUCACCUGGACCAACGACACCGUUCCUCCAAGCUCAGAGUGUCCUAAGGACGCGAUCAACCGCUUGUACCACGUGCUGGUAGCUUCCAACGACGGAGAUCCAAGCUCUUUACUGCAGCACCACUUGGGACCUGAGAUCCGGGUGAAGCGAGUCUCCUUCCAAGGCCAUGGCCAGUGCGAGUAUGCCUUUUCGAAGAAGCCCCAGGCUCCGGAGGUCUCCACCCAGGAGCCUAAAGUCAACGACCCUCCGAUGCCCAGGAACCAGGUUGACCAUCUCGAGGCCCAGGUCGGACAGCUGCUGAUCUUCCGAGUCCCAGAAGACACUUUCUACGACCCAGAAGAUGGUCCAACGCGGCACUUGAGGCUUUCCUUGCUCCACGGUGAUCGCAGCGCGAUUUCGCCUGACGAAUGGCUCCAAUUCGACGUCAACAACCAGGAGUUCUACGGAGUUCCGAUGAAGACCGACCCCAGGCGAAGAGAGUAUCAACUAAUUGCAGUGGACAAAGAAGGAGCUGCUGCUACUGACAAUUUGGUGCUUGAAAUCAAGCCUGCGGAAGCUUCUAAGGCCAGUGCUGAGUUCACUAUCAAGCUAGGCGUUGACUAUGACGCUUUUGUGACUUCUGCGAUGAUGAAGAAGAACUUUAUUUUAAGACUUCGCGACCUGUUUGGAGACAAGAACACCGACGCAAUUUCCCUGAUGACCAUAACUCAGGUCGGACACAAGAACACGAUGAUCACUUGGAGGAAUACCACCUUGCCGACGGAGUAUUGUCCGAAUAAGGCAAUCCAAAGGCUCAGUGAAGUUUUGUUUGUUAAGCCGGAUAAUAAGGAGCUGACUAAUAGGAUUGAGAGGAUCAUGGGUAUGGAGUUCCCUGUUGACCAGCUGACCCUUACUCCCAUGGGAAUUUGCUUGGGAGAGUUUACUAGGGUACAUUCUCAUGAUGGUGGGGAUGAGGAUGACGAACGAGGGGGAAGAAGAGGCUCUGGAGCACGUGGUGGAGCUGAUAAUGAUGAUUAUCUGAUUACCUUUGUCCUUCCGGCGAUUAUUAUUGCGGCUAUGUUGGUUCUCGCGGGGAUUAUCGCGUGUAUUUUGUAUAGGAGGAAGAGGAGUGGCAAGAUGAGUGUCAGCGAACAUGCUGAUGAGAGACAGAGCUUCAGGAGCAAAGGGAUUCCGGUGAUCUUUCAGGAUGAGCUUGAGGAAAAACCUGAACCAGGUGACAAGGCCCCAGUAAUUCUCAAAGAAGAAAAGCCUCCAUUACCACCGCCAGAGUACCUUCGUUCACACGAUGGCGCUGACCAGCCAAUGCUAGCUCAAGAAAAUUCCGAGGAGCCUUAUCAACCCCCACCACCAUUCGCCCGAACUUCAGACACGACCCGCCAAAACAGACCAAAACCCACGCCGACAUACAGAAAACCACCUCCUUAUGUGCCUCCCUAACAAAAUUAUGAGCUGCACUCGUCGACGCGGCGUUACAUGACC